CCCGGCCCGCGGGUGAGGCGGCAGCGGCAGCAGCGGGGCCCCCGCCCUUCUCCUCAGUGCGCCCGGGGAGCUUUGGGCGGCGGCUGCGCUCAGCGGAACGGCGUGCGGCGACUCGAACUCGGCCUCGGUUCGGCGGAUCCCAGAGAUGGCGAAGGACACAAGAGGCACCGUGACAGCCUUCUCUCCUUUUGAUGCCAGAGCUGAUGCAGAAGCUCUUCGUAAGGCCAUGAAGGGAAUGGGGACGGAUGAAGAAACUAUUUUGAAGAUCCUCACCAGCAGAAACAAUUGUCAGCGUCAAGAAAUUGCAUCUGCUUUUAAAACCUUAUUUGGCAGGGAUCUUGUAGAUGACCUGAAGUCUGAACUUACUGGCAAAUUUGAAACACUGAUGGUAUCUUUGAUGAGACCGACCUAUAUUUUUGAUGCUCAUGCCCUAAAGCAUGCCAUCAAGGGAGCAGGAACCAGUGAGAAAGUGUUGAUUGAAAUUCUUGCUUCCAGAACACCUGAGGAAGUGAGGAGAAUUAAGCAAGUUUAUCAACAAGAGUACGAGGCCAGCUUAGAGGAUAAGAUCACAGGAGAAACAUCAGGCCAUUUUCAGAGACUGUUGGUGGUCCUGCUGCAGGCAAAUAGAGAUCCUGAUGGUGGAGUUGAUGAGGGUCUUGUUGAGCAGGAUGCUCAGGUUCUGUUCAGAGCUGGGGAGCUGAAAUGGGGAACAGAUGAAGAAAAGUUCAUUACCAUCUUGGGAACCCGAAGCGUUUCUCAUUUAAGGAGAGUAUUUGACAAAUACAUGACUAUUUCUGGCUUCCAAAUUGAAGAGACCAUUGACCGUGAAACCUCUGGUGAUCUGGAGAACCUGCUCUUGGCAGUUGUGAAAUGCAUCCGGAGUGUGCCUGCCUAUUUUGCUGAAACUCUGUAUUAUUCUAUGAAGGGGGCUGGCACUGAUGAUGAUACCCUUAUCAGAGUCAUGGUCUCAAGAAGUGAAAUUGAUCUAUUGAAUAUUAGACAAGAAUUAAGAAAGAAUUUUGCAAAAUCAUUGCAUCAAAUGAUCCAGAAAGAUACAUCUGGGGACUACAGGAAAGCUCUCCUGCUCCUCUGUGGUGGAGAUGAUGACUGAUCAUGAUGCAUAAUGGCAGCAACGACACAAAGGAUUUGUUGUACUCCAGCUUUGCAGCCCUUUAGAUAGCAUGUCCAGCUAAGGUUUUGUAUCCUAAUGCUUUGUGGCUGUUUGAAUUUAUACUCGUAUUGCAUUUAUUAAAAAAGAGCAUAUCCAAGUGAUAGCUAGUCCCUCCCUUUCUGAUGUCAGUUUCCAGGAAUUUGAAGUGCCUUCUGUAAGUAUGUGAGAGUUGUCUUUAUGGAACACGAGUACUGAGCACAGAACCCAGUUCUUUGCAAGUAUUUUGCAGAAAUAGGAAAAAACCAGAAUUAUGUAUUUUACUAAUAAUUUGAAAUUUUUUUCCUUUGCUUUUAUUCCUUACAUUUCCACUAAAUGUUAAGCUAGCUUUAACAUUGCAGAUGAAGAAAAGAUACCUUUGGCAUGUAAUUUCUGAAUUAAUUUGCUGAACAUAAUACAAACAAUCACUGGAAAUCUAAAGGACCAAUAAAUUUUUUCCCUCUCA